GGCGGCGGCGGCGGCGGCGGCGGCGGCAAUGGCCGGGCAGCAGUUCCAGUACGAUGACAGCGGGAACACCUUUUUCUACUUCCUCACGUCGUUCGUGGGGCUCAUCGUCAUCCCGGCCACUUACUACCUCUGGCCUCGGGACCAAAACGCCGAGCAAAUUCGAUUAAAAAACAUAAGAAAAGUUUACGGAAGAUGCAUGUGGUAUCGCCUGCGAUUACUAAAACCUCAACAAAACAUAAUUCCUACAAUAAAGAAGGUCAUUCUGCUUGCCGGAUGGGCGUUGUUUUUAUUCCUGGUAUACAAAGUUUCCAAAACGGACAGAGAAUAUCAAGAAUACAACCCUUAUGAAGUCUUAAACUUGGAUCCGGGAGCAACUGUUGCAGAAAUUAAAAAGCAGUACCGUUUGUUGUCACUUAAAUUUCAUCCAGACAAAGGCGGAGAUGAAGUGAUGUUCAUGAGGAUAGCGAAGGCCUAUGCAGCUUUAACCGAUGAAGAGUCUCGGAAAAACUGGGAAGAGUUUGGAAAUCCGGAUGGGCCCCAAGCUACAAGCUUUGGAAUUGCUCUGCCAGCUUGGAUUGUAGAUCAGAAGAACUCAAUUUUGGUUUUGUUGGUGUAUGGACUAGCGUUUAUGGUGAUCCUUCCCGUUGUUGUGGGCUCUUGGUGGUAUCGAUCCAUACGCUAUAGUGGAGACCAGAUCUUAAUCCGCACCACUCAGAUCUAUACAUAUUUUGUUUAUAAAACCAGAAAUAUGGAUAUGAAACGCCUCAUCAUGGUUUUGGCUGGAGCUUCUGAGUUUGACCCACAGUAUAAUAAAGAUGCAACAAGCAGACCAGUUGAUAACAUCCAGAUACCCCAGUUAAUCAGAGAAAUCGGCAGCAUUAAUUUAAAGAAGAAUGAGCCACCUCUGACCUGCCCAUACAGCUUGAAGGCCAGAGUUCUUCUCCUGGCCCACCUUGCCAGGAUGAAAAUCCCCGAGGCUCUUGAAGAAGAUCAGCAGUUCAUUCUGAAAAAGUGCCCUUCUCUACUUCAAGAAAUGGUCAAUGUGAUUUGUCAGCUCAUAAUAAUGGCCCGGAGUCGAGAAGAUAGGGAGUUUCGUGCUCCAACGCUGGGGUCCCUGGAGAACUGCAUGAAGCUCUCGCAGAUGUCCAUCCAAGGUCUCCAGCCAUUUAAGUCUCCCCUUCUGCAGCUCCCUCACAUCGAAGAGGACAAUCUCAGACGGGUUUCUAAUCACAAAAAGUAUAAAAUCAAAACAAUCCAGGACUUGGUGAGCUUAAAAGAAUCUGACCGCCAGAGCCUUUUGCACUUCCUGGAAGACGAGAAGUAUGAAGAGGUCAUGGCCGUGCUGGGCAGCUUUCCAUGUGUGACCAUGGACAUAAAACCCCAAGUAUUGGAUGAUGAAGAUAGCAACAACAUUACUGUUGGAUCCCUCGUCACCGUUCUGGUCAAGCUGACCAGGCAGACCAUGGCGGAAGUGUUUGAAAAGGAACAGCUCAUCUGUGCGGCAGAAGAGCAGCCGGCAGAAGAUGGGCAAGGUGAAGCUAGCAGGGUCAAGAGCAGAGGCUGGCAGCAGAAGAAUAAAGGGCCCAAAAACAAAGGGGCCAAAUCCAAGAAGAAGAAGCCUCCAAAAAAGAAGCCAGCACCCGUGCCCCUGUCCCAGGCAAAGCAGCAGAAGCAAAAGCAGGCCAACGGCAUUGCUGGGAAUGAAGCAGGGGCCAAAGAGGAGGAGGAGGACCUGUCGGACAAAGGUAGUGACUCUGAAGAGGAGGAAGCCAACAGGGACUCUCAAAGUGACAAAGAUGACGGCAGCAACAGAGAUUCAGACCGGGACCAAGAUGAGAAGCAAACUAAAGAUGAUGAAGCGGAAUGGCAAGAAUUGCAGCAGAGCAUCCAGAGGAAGGAGCGGGCGCUGCUGGAAACUAAGUCGAAGAUCACACACCCAGUGUACAGUCUUUACUUUCCCGAGGAAAAGCAAGAAUGGUGGUGGCUUUAUAUUGCAGACAGAAAAGAGCAAACAUUAAUAUCGAUGCCAUAUCACGUGUGCACGCUAAAAGAUAUGGAAGAGGUAGAACUGAAGUUCCCUGCCCCUGGGAAGCCUGGCAACUACCAGUACACAGUGUAUCUUCGAUCAGAUUCCUAUAUGGGCUUGGACCAGAGGAAACCAUUGAAGCUGGAAGUUCACGAAGCCAAACCUGUGCCAGAAAACCACCCGCAGUGGGACACUGCAAUUGAGGGGGAUGACGACCAGGAAGACAGCGAGGGCUUUGAAGACAGUUUUGAGGAGGAGGAGGAAGAGGAGGACGACGACGACUAAACAGUAACUGUGAACGGACUCCAGUGUGCGCACGCAUGCACACACACACACACACGUGCGCGUGCUCAAACUGUUGCUGUUGCGCUGGAACUGUACAAUAAAGUAGAAACACGGUGCGGGAGUGCUGUUGCGCAAGUGGUUUCGUUUCUUUACCUGAUCUGGAUGCACCAUGUGACUGUGUGGGGCGGACAGCCAUCGGGAGUAGAGCGGGCAUGCGGCCCCACAAUCUGUUGCCUUGGCUACAGUCUGGAAGAUGCUUUUGGCUCAUUAAAGCCUUUUAAAUUGUGGGAUGGUGCAUUUAUUUCCACUGAAAAUGAUAAUAAAAACCUCUUUUUUUAUUAUAACCAUCCCAAAGUGUGGGCUGUGUAUCCUCUAAUCAACUUACUGCUCCAGUGAAACAAAGGUACCUCCGAAGAGCAAUCUCAAAGCAUCCACUCUCUGCAUAUUUGUAGAAAACACUAAGGUGUGGUGAUCAGAGCCUCAUGUCUCUCAAGAAACAUCUGCUCAAGUUUUAAUCGUGGUAAGCUUAAUCGUUUCAUUUUCAAUUUGCCGUGAAACAGAAACGGAGUAAGAGCAGCCUCAUGGAUCGCUUGAAACGUUCGGUUUUCGCCGGUCUCGGUCAGAGAUGGCACCUGCCUGAGAAAAGUCAUUCCCCGGAGCCCCAAGGGCACCUCCUCGCCAGACCAGAUCCGACAGAUUGUGAAAUUUCUUGACUUUGUCAUAAAAUGCCCAAAAUGGCUUAAAACAUUUUUAAGCCUCUAUUCAUCAGAUCAGUGUCAGACCUAAUUCUUUUGCUAAGUUGUAUGUCUCAAAUGUGCUUAUGGGACCAGAUGCCCUCUAGUUGUUGGGGGCUCAUAUGUGGCUUUUUCUUGUGGGGAAAGGGCAGGGAAAAAGCUGAACUACACUACUGGCUUUUCAUCCACCUGAGUGUCACAACACUUUCAGGAGAAAACCAUGUCUGAAGAUGGAGGCAGUUCAUGUUUUUGUGCUCAUUUUGAACUUCUUCCAAUAAGCUGGGUCAGGUUCAGUGUGAGUGGGUGUUGGUGGUAUCUCUGCGGACCAGGGCAGGGACAUCAGUUGGUGGGAGGAGGGGGGCACCCAUUCUUUUGUUUCCCAGGGAACAUUUUCCAGCAACAUUGAUUUUGACAAUGUAGGGAAACCUCUUUAUGGAUAGAUUCCUUCUCUUCUUCCCCCCUCCAUGAUACAGUCUGUAAGGGUAACAGCUGUACUGGUUGCAAGCAGAUGAGUCCUGUAGAAAGGGAUGUUUUUUUCUUACUCUAUGUUGAGGAAAUAUCAAUCUGUAGAACUGAUGGUGACAAUCUCCUAGAGGAUACCUAUGUCCUCACCUUAUAGAGCCUCUAGAGGCCAAAGUACAAUAUCAGAGUUCUAAUUUUGGUCCUUGUUGAUAAAAGGGGGUUGCCACUCUACAUGCAAAAUAACACUGGUAUUUUCUGUGUUCUGGCAGCAGUUACAAAUAAAAUUUGGAAAUGACCUAAA